AGUCGACUGAGAAGGCUUCCCUUCAGAUUCUUCACCUGCAUUGCCUUCUUCUUCAAGAUACAGUCUUUCGUUCAAAGCAAUUGUGUGGGUUUGUCCCGCAGUGACAACCUACAACCUUCAUUCGUUUUUCAAGUCUCGAGCAGUUGACCGUUCGUUGUCGGCUGCUCCUAUUUUCCUUUCUUGUUUUCCACCUAAAAUAUAUUACAUUCGUUGAUUACAACUAAUACGCAAAAUGCAUUCGUUUCUGUCACUCGCUUUCGCCCUGUCUGUUGGCUUUCCAGCUUUGAGCCAUGCCGGACCUUGUGUUCCAUCUGGACAGAGCGCAACUACAACCACCCAAGCUGCGGCGGUCUCGGGAUCAUCUGGAUCAUAUGGAUCAAGUGGAUCCUCUGCUGCAGCAUCAUCAUCAUCUUCCGCGCCUUCAGCAUAUUCCAAUUCCUCAUCAAAUAGCUACUACUCAUCCUACGGGUGCUCGAGCAACACCCCAUUCAAUCGAUCAUCAUGGUGCAAUGGUUAUAAUCUAACCACCAAUCCAUAUACCACAAUCCCAGAUACCGGCAACACUGUCGAGUACUGGUUUGAGCUUGGAAACUAUACAGCUGCACCUGAUGGGGUCUCGAGGGAUGUCUUGCUGAUCAAUGGCAUUUUCCCCGGCCCUACAAUCGAAGCAAAUUGGGGAGACACUGUUGUGGUGCACUUCAAAAAUAACCUGCAAACUAAUGGAUCGUCGCUUCAUUUCCACGGUGUUCGCCAGAACAAGACCAAUCAAAUGGACGGAACUGUCUCAAUCACACAAUGCCCAGUAGCGCCCGGUGAUAGCUACACCUACACGUGGAAAGCUUCGCAGUAUGGCUCCUCUUGGUACCACUCUCACUUUGGACUUCAAACUUGGGAGGGCGCCUUCGGAGGCAUUGUCAUUCACGGUCCUGCUACGGCCGACUAUGACACCGAUCUAGGAAAUCUUUUCAUGAACGAUUGGAGUCAUGAGACCGUCGACGAACUUUACGACUACGCUGAGGCAACCGGUCCACCAACCAUGGACAAUGCCUUGAUCAAUGGAACAAAUGUUUAUAACUCGACCGGAGAGCGGUUCGAGGUUGUGUUUUCUUAUGGUACCAAGUACUUGCUUCGCCUGGUCAACAGCGCCAUCAAUACCCACUUCAAGUUCUCGAUUGACAACCACACCUUGACUGUGAUUGCAAUGGACUUUGUUCCUAUCGUGCCUUUUGAGACGGACUACAUCAGCAUCGGCAUCGGCCAGCGCUACGAUGUUAUUGUCGAGGCCAAUCAGACGGUGGGAGAUUAUUGGCUACGUGCCAUUCCUCAAACCGCUUGCAGUUACACGGACAAUGUCGAUAAUAUUAAGGGUAUCGUCCGGUACGAUUCUUCGAGCACAGCUGAUCCGACCACGACGGCGUAUGACAUGCCAAAUGACUGCAAUGAUGAGCCCGCGGCAUCUCUUGUACCUUACGUCGCACUCAACGUUGGACCUGAUUCUUCCCCUGAAGAUCUGAAUGUGACCUCGUUCUUCACAAGCGACAACCUUUUCCGGUGGGCGAUCAACAAUGUUUCAAUGGCCUUGAACUGGCAAAACCCCACACUCCUCCAGGUCUAUGAUGGCGUCUCAAACUUCACUGCCAAUGAAAGUGUCGUUGAGGUCAAUGGAGUGAAUGAGUGGGUCUAUACUGUCAUUGAGACCACGGAUGAGGUUCCUCACCCCAUUCAUUUGCACGGACACGACUUCUUCGUGAUCGCUUCUGGAACAGGUUCUUUCGACCUUUCUUCCGGAAACUAUACAACCACCAACCCCCCUCGAAGGGACGUUGCCAUGCUUCCCGGUAAUGGGUAUCUCGCCAUCGCUUUCCAGACAGACAAUCCUGGAGCUUGGCCUCUGCACUGCCACAUUGGAUGGCACCAAGAAAUGGGAUUCGCUGUACAGUUCGUUGAACGGUACGAUGAAAUCAAGCCUUUGAUUGACUUUGAUGUUUUGAACAGCACCUGUUCGGCCUGGGAUGCUUGGCAGGACGCGAACAACGUUGUGGAUGAUACCUCGGGUAUAUAGUUGCCUCGUCAGGAUUUCUCUUUUCUUUCCUCGAACACAUUUUUCUUUAAUUUUGCAGUCUCUUCUUCUUUAGAGCAUAUCGGAUACAUUCUUACCGGGGAGUCUUUGCCGGUGUGAUACAAAUCUUUUUUUCUUUCAUUUGUUUCAUCGCUUCUCGAAAAUCGCGUGGGGGGUUUCACAUUGUGGCCGUACUCGGGCCUGUUAUCUUGUACACGUGUUACGCCUGAAGGCAG